AUGGGCCCUGCUGGCAGUGCCUUCCUACUGUCUCUUCUGCUGGGGUCUUGCCCAUGCUCUUCUCCCAAAAAGAAAGACCUGCCAUCAGUAUGUGGACGACCUGUAUACUCAGGCCGUGUCGUGGGUGGCCAUGACGCUGUUGCAGGGCAUUGGCCAGUCAGUGUGCACCUGCACCAGGCCCAUGUCUGUGGAGGGUCUCUCAUCGGUGACCGGACACUGACAGCAGCACACUGCAUAAAAAUGAGCUGGAUUCUUUUGUUAUAUAUGGUAUGGCUGGGAUCAAUUCACACAGACCACUCAAACCAAAGUGUGAAGCAUCAUGUAUUCAAAAUUAUUAUCCAUCCCCAAUUUCAACAUAUAACUGCAGACAUCACCUUGUUGAAACUGGUCUCUAGAGUCACCUUUACUUCGUUCAUCCUGCCCACCUGCUUGCCCCACAUUACAAAGCGGUUGACACUUCCAGGCUCUUGCUGGGUGACUGGAUGGCGAAAGGUUACGGAAAGUGAAGAUAGUGAUUACCCUUCCACGUUCCAGGAAGCAAAAAUAACCUGCCAGGCCUGUGAACUCUACAACCUAACUGGCUCCAUGUUGCCAGAGUUAGACCAAGUCAUCAAAGAAGAUGAGAUAUGUGCUGGUCAUUCAACUAACAAGAAGGAUAGCUGCAAGGGUGACUCUGGAGGGCCUCUGUGAUGUCAUAUUAAUGGUGCAUGGAUCCAGAUAGGAUUGGUAAGCUGGGGAACGGGCUGUGCUACAUCUCUCCCUGGAGUCUACACCAGUGUGAUCUACUAUCAAAUUAUUAAGACCACUAUCCCAAGAGCUGAGGUCGUGGGUGCCAACGAUUUGGACUGAUCUGACCUCCUGUUCCUUAUUGUACUGCUCUCUCUAGCUCUCCUGGGACCCUUCUGUGCCUUUGCACCUAACAUUUUACCAGGAGAGUAG